UGUCGCGAGAACUGGCGGCUUUGGGGCGUCUGCGCCAAGAAACCGAAGUGUAGGUGACGGUUCCGAGACAUCGCCGCCAAGCUGGGCACCGGUGAGAUGGCCGAGACGGACCCCAAGACCAUGCAGGACAUCACCUUGGUGGUGGAGACGCUCUUACAGCAGAUGCAAGACAAGUUUCAGAUCAUGUCGGACCAGAUCAUCGGAAGGAUCGAUGACAUGAGCAGUCGCAUUGACGAUCUGGAGAAAAACAUCGCUGACCUCAUGACCCAGGCUGGAGUGGAAGAACUGGAAGGUGAAAACAAGAUUGCCACUGCUGCCCAGAAGAGCUGAGGUCCAGGGAGAGCACCGGCUGCUGAUAAUUCACACUGAAUCCAGAGCGUCGUUUUCCCAAGCCAAGAGAAAAUCAAGUUGCUUUGUGCAACCAACUACUAUGUGUCGACAGGUUUAUAAAGCGUGCAUUCUUAUCACAGCCUGCGUAGUCUGUAGAGUGUCCCCCUACCCUCUAUCUCCAUCCCCCAGUUUCUCAACCUUGGCAUCUUCACAUCCUGGUCGGUUCUCUUAAUUAUUAAACACUAAAACUUUGGCGGUUUCUGCAUAAAAUUGUCAGACUUUUUGGUAAUUUUUCUGAAGUCCUCUCCCCACUGUUCUUUCGUGGUAGCUGCUGUUUGAUGAAGUGGCAGAAUACUUUUUACUUAGGUGACUAGUAUCUCCUCCCCUUGGCAGAAGCCGGACCGUGAGACGUGUAUGUUUAGGGUUCAUUCCCUUUCAGUGCAAAGUGACUGUUGAGCUGACACUACUAGAGUGUCAAAUAUUUUUCCAAGUGGCCGAGAACAUCUAAUAAUUGUUUGUGCCGAAGUGUCUAUCAGAGUUUUGCAUGAGAUGCUAGCAGCAUUGGUGGGGCCUUCAAUGCCCAUCUGAUGGAACGUCAGAACCCACUGACUGAAAGGGAAGAAACCAAAAGACCCAUGAGUCUACCGCCAGUCACAUGGCUGAGACAUGCUCAGCGACUGUGGGGAGUGCGGGUUUUAAGAAAUACUGUUUUACUUGAACUGUUUCUUGUCUAAAUUCUUGCACAGUGAAUACUAUUGUUGAUAAAAGAAGAUAGAUAAUAAACUCUUUACAUUUGGAAUUCUGGUGUUGGAGGCUUAGCCUGGAGGCCGCUUUUGAUGACCUGGAAGGCAAUCUAUGUCACUGUCCCCACAGAGUGAUUUCAUACAAUAAAAUAACAUGAAUAAUUAAAA